AUGCACGAAAUUAGGCUGCUCCAAAUGUGCAUAUGGGACGCGCUUCUUGACUCUUAUUUGGAACGGGGAGGAAUUUUAGAGCGACUAAAAAGGCUGAAACCCGAAUGGAUUACGACGGAUGAGGAAACGUCUCACAACAGAGAAAAAGAAGGGCCGUAUGGUCAAGUGGUCGUCAGAGCGAGUCUGUAUUUGUUAUACAUGGAAUGGUUCGUUGAUAUUACGGAACUGAGAUGA